UAGCGUGCAUAAUUAAAGCAACCAGGAAGCUCGGACAAGAUCAACAAGAAGGCGAAAACAAACAGCCUUUUUUUUGGGGGGGGGGGGACUGUUUUAUUUGUGUGCACAAACCGAACACGCCACUGAUAUUUUUUUGUCAUCAAAUAACGUUCGUGGAGAUUAUCGUGUGUUGCCAUGUACCUCGGAGACGGGCUGCUGUUUGAAAUUCAAAAUGGAAAACCCAAGUUGAUUGUGCUUGACCACAGUGUCGAGAGGAAUCUUGUCACGAAUUCCCUCAGGACUCGCCCGGCCUGCCUAGUGAGUUCCGGGCAGCCGUCCUGUGCGCAGGACGUGCGGGCGCAGCGUCGGGCGGGGCUGCGCCCGACGGGGCGGCGCCCGGGGGCUCCCGGAGGGGCCGAGACACAGGCGGCAGAGAGCGCAGCCUCCUUUGGGUCCGGCGGGGCGGCGGACACAAUGCGAGGCGGUCAGGCGGCCUCCAAAACACGGGAGCGUCGUACGGCGGCAGCCGGAGCCAAAGCUGCAGCCGAGGAGAAGUCCGAGCGCCAGAAAAGCAGCUCCGCCUCCGUCAACGGGGCAGCUGCACAGUCUGCAAGAAGAUGGGCUACCGCGUCCGACGUGAAGUCGGGGCCGACGGACCCGCUCGACGCCGAAGAACCGAGAGACGCGGCGGCGCGAUUGAGCGGCGAGCGGACCGGCGGCCACGACCGCCGCGUAACAGAGGAGCAACACGUACAUCGCACAGUCGAGGAAGAAGCGGGAGGAGAGACUGAGGAGGGCAGAGAAGGUCCAGAUCAAACAACAACAACAACAAACAACAGAAAUUCCCCUCCUAAAGACAACGGGUCUCACGGUGGUGUUUUCGGCCGGCUGGAGCAGCGCAACGUUGACGACGGCGCAUCGGCGGAAGCGAAGAAGGCUCAGUGGAGGCAACAACUAGAUGAGCAGGUGGCCCUGAAGCAGCAGCGGCAGCGUUGUUCCACCUCAGUCCGACUACAGACAGAGCAGGAACCAGGAAGUGAGCGCUCAGUUCAUCCGCCGGGCCGCCACAGAGAGCAGCCGGCAGCCAUCAGGUCCAGCCUCAGGCUCGGGGCGGUGACUCCGAUGGAGGAGACUUUGGCGUCGCAGAGGCGAGAGGAGCAGAGGCGGCUUUGGCUGGAGGAUCUGGACCGACAGAGGGAAGAGACGAGCCAACGCAGGAUGCGCGAGAAGAUGCUGCUCAGUCAGAAAGACGACCACGAGCUGUGGGCGGCACACUUUGACUCCCUCCAGCGCAAAGCUCCCGCCGGGACUCGAGCCCCGCCCGCCGACUGGGAGGCGUCGGCCAACUUGUCCCUGACGUGGGACGCUUCCGGCCGCCGCGAAGCGGCGAGCGCGGGACAAGUCGGCGUGGACCCCGGCGGCAGCAGAUACCCCGCCAAGAGCAGCUAUCAUCGGAGCAUGACGGCCCUGCUGGACCCGGUCCAAGUGGAGGAGCGCGAGAGGAGGCGGCUCAAGCAGCUGGAGCAGCAGAGGGACAUCCGGGCUCAGGUGGAGGAGCAGAGGCGGCACAAGCGGCAAGAAGAGGCCACGAGGAGGGCGGAGGACCGAGAGGAGGAGAGGAGAGUCGCGCAGGAGAGGGACGUGCUGCUCGGGAGGUUCCGGCGGGAGCAGCGCAAGGUCGACAGCAACAACAACCGCUGCACACGUGUACUCAACCAGGAGCAGCCGAAGAAGCUUGAUGAUGAUGAUGAGGAUGGAGGAGUGAAGGAAGCAGUGGAUGUGCGUGUGUCGUGUCCAACUGCGGCGGAGAGGAGAGACACAGCUGUGCAGACUGACGCGCCCCCCACUCAAGCGACUUCGAACUGCAAGAACAGAGCAGGCAAGGAGGACGUGCAGAAGGCGCUCGCGGUCGACGGGGGAGGCGCCUACGAGGCCUUCGCCAGGACGGAGGAGAAGAGGAGGCCUGAGUGGAACACGCGCAGGCCCAGUCGGCGCUUCGUCCCCGCGUCUGAGCGUUACCCGUCCCCGCUGCAGAGGAGCCGACGGGAGAGCCGACUCAAGAGGCAGGAGGAGAUCCUCGGUCUGCAGGACAGAAACUGCCCGCCCGCAAACCGACGCCGGCGGGAGACGCGGAUCGUCGCAAGUCGGCCUCGAAGCGACGACGCGGAGUCUAGCAGUGUGAGCGCGUCUGCGGAAAGGGGGCGCUCACCUCUCAUCCCGCAACCCUCCCUCCAGUUCAUCCCUUACAUCCGCACCGAUGACGUCUUCCAUCUGGACCCCACCGAAACCGAAGACACGCCCACUCCUCACCUGCACACAGGUGCGCGCACGCACACACACUCACAGGCGGUGUUAACGGCAAUCCUUCCUUCCUCAUCAGCGCCUCCUCCUGACGCCUCCUCCUCGUCGUCCUCCCCUGCCGAUCUCCUCAUUCUGCGCAGCACACAGCGACAGCAGGAGAUCCUCAGAGGCCUGGCGCAGCUACGACAGGGUUUGCUUGAGAAGCAGAGGGAGCUGGAGUGUGACCUGCGGCGUCAAGACAACAAGCGUCCGUCGCCCGCCAAAUGUUAGACGGUGACAACGUUCUCCCGGGAACACGUUUUUCGUGUCCAACGGUGGUUGCUCAUCAUCGCCACCUUGUCCGCCCACCACUGACAACGAUACAGUUUCCCGCGUUAAAUGCCAGAUCGUUUCGUGGCAAUUUUUUUUUUUUUUGUGCGCGAAAGGGGCUACGUUGUAUCUCCAAAUCAUGUUUUAGUUUGCUUUUUUUUUUUUAAUUAAUUUAUUGCAGUUGUAAAUAAAAGCUUAGAGACAAA